AUGACAAUCUUUACAGAUGAAAACUUGGCUUUCAUUUUCGGCCUCAUAGGUAAUAACCAUUACUUUGGCAAUGUUGUGGCUUUCAUAGUGCUCUUGGCGCCAUUGCCGACCUUUUGCAAGAUUUACAAGAGGAAAUCGUCAGAAGGGUUUCAAUCAAUACCUUAUUCAGUAAUGCUCUUUAGUGCAGAAUUAAUGUUGCUUUAUGCUUUUCUGAGGAAAAAUGAGUAUAUGAUCGUCAGCCUAAAUGGUAUUGGAUGUGUUGUAGAGGCAAUUUACCUUCUAAUGUACGUGAUAUAUGCACCCAAGAAAACUAAGAUUUCCACAGUGAGUUUGAUACUCCUAUUGAAUGUAGGAAGCUUUGGUGUGAUCUUACUAUUCUCUCUCUUACUCGUAAAAGGCCACAAGAGAGUAAUACUUGUAGGAUGGAUAGGUACUGUCAUCAACGUUUUAGCAUUUGCCGCCCCACUUGGCAUCGCGAGACAAGUGAUAAGAACAAAAAGUGUAGAGUACAUGCCAUUCACUCUUUCACUAUCCCUCACUUUAAUGGGCGUCGUGUGGUUCUUCUAUGGAUUUUUCAUGAAGGAUUUCUUCAUUGAACUACGAAACGCCUUCGGAUUUUUAUGCGGAAUUGCUCAAAUGACACUGUACCUCAUGUACAAGAACACGAAGAAGGAUAAUGAAUUGAGCUUGCAGCAGAAUGAAGCUGGGACAGCUCAGUCAGUAUAG